CUCUCCUACUCGACCCUCCGUCAAGACCAGCCGCCGGUCAUGUCGUCGUCGCAGACCAUGACAGCGCCAGCGGUGGGCCAUCGUCCUCCGGAUGCUGCCCCGGAUAUGUCGUCCGUGUACGACUAUCCUCGAUCACAACAACCGCAGCAACACCCGCAGCAACAGCAGCAUCUUGAUCCUCAACCGCAUUCAUCCCCGCCCGACUCCGCAAUCCGCGCUUUGCACGAUCCUGCCCCCGACUCCCUCGGGACCUCCUCCCCCAAUGGCUUACCCGCUCCCUCCUCCACCACGAUCAAAUCCGAACCUGACGAUCAACCUUCAAUUGCUCCUGCACCGCAAGACUUUCAAUCCGAUCUCCGUCGACAGUCCGCCGCCAGUGCGCUGCUGGCCCAGCUCCUUGGCAAUCAGCCCUCCUCUGGUCCUUCACCAUCUGAGGAUCAUGCAAUGCCGCUAGCCCCGCAAGCGACGGACCUACCGCAGCAGAUCGACGAAGAACCCAAUUUUCAAUGGACGCUGGAUUCAACGUCGGAGCCCAUGCCCGCUGCGCCUGCCGACUCGACCGGCGGAGGCGCAGAUCACAUCCCGCCGGCUUCGACUGAUUUGCCGCCUUCGCAGCACCACCAGGAGGAAAAAUUCGACCAUCAACCCGAUACGUCCCUAACGAAUCCUGAACAAGACUCAGGAGCGACGGUCAAAACGAACGAUCCCUUUGAUGGCCUGACAGACCCUUUGCUCUUUAAAACCAGCAUUGGUCACGCUGAUCUCUUCAAGCCUUUUGAUGACCCGACUUCCCCCAAGAAUCCGUUCGAUGCCUUGCAACAUAAUGAGAUGCUUACCGACGCGUAUCUGUCGCAGAGCGCCGAUCUCUCCGCGCUCGGGUAUUCCGGUUUACCGCAUGAUGGCCCGGGAUCUGUCGCCGGCUCCGAACCCCGGAUCCAGGCAUUUGCGAAGCUCGAGUUCGACGAUGGUCACUUUUACUGCAAUACUUAUUCCUUCAUAUUGGGUCGUGAUGUACGUGCCGCGCGGGCUGCGCAUCAGCGCGAGAUACAAGUUCGACAAGCAAUGAGGACAUCGCGGGCGAAGAGCUCCAGUGGCGGAAACAUGUCCCAUACUCCCGUUCGUGUGAAGCAUGAAGGCAGUGGCGUGAUUGGCAGCGUCGUCAGUGACCGUGGCGGGAUUAUGGGCUUUGAUCCGGAUGUUUCACACCUGCCUCCUCGCCUAAGUCGUCGUUCGUCGGUUUCUUCCCAUGCGGAAUCUGGCGCUCCAUUACAUGCCACCCCGGCUCAGCUCCAGUCGACCGACAACAACACUACCGAUUAUAAUGCGCUGGCAAUGCAGUCCUUGAACGAUGAACACGGCGAUGCAAAGCCCGUCGACGCUCUUGCGCUGCUUCCUUCGCCAGACGCAUGUCCGACCAUCCCCAUUCAUCCUCCCGCUACCGUUGACGGCAGUGCCGCUGGCCAUCGCGGUAUCUCCCGCAAGCACGUCAAAAUCGCCUACAAUUUUGAUAAGAAUCUGUUUGAAAUGGAAGUCAUGGGGCGAAAUGGCGCUUUCAUCGGCGCGGACUGGCUGUCGCCUGGCCAGAUCAGACCAUUACAUAGCGGCGAUUAUAUCCAGAUAGGAGGUGUUCGCAUUCGCUUUCUACUACCAGAUGUACCAAUCGGUGAGACUGGUGCUGACCGUGUCGAGGAGCCUCUGGCUACUGGGGAGGAGAGUUCACAAACCCCAGCUCCUGCUGCAGAAAACGAAGCUGAGGCUCAGAAGCGCACAUCUGAAGCAACAGAAAUCAAGGACACUCCUAGGCCGACGAAGCUCAUCUUGAAAACCAGAGAGCCCGAUUCGGCGCGACCAAUGCCUUCGGUUGAGGGAGCUAUUGAUCCAUCAUUACAGCCAAUGAAACGUCGUGGCCCCGGCCGGCCUCCUAAGGAUGGUAUCAUGUCCAAGCGCGAAAGAGCAGAAUUAGCCCGAGAGCAGAAGCUGGCAGCGAAGCGCGAGGCAAACGGAGGCGUCACGCCUCCGCCAGCGAACCGAGCGAAGGCUGGCAAGGCCCCAGCCUCCACGACCGUGACUGUCACCCCUAAAGAGAUGGGCGGAGAGUCGCCUGGAUCGAAACCCGAGAAGCGCAAGUAUACCAAGAGGAAGAAGCCCGAUGGCACUCCGAUGGAUUUCCCUCUACCCUCCACCGAAGGCGGGCAUUUCCCCAUGGAGCAUCGUCCGGAGGAGUUUAUCAAAGCACCCCCGGUCAAGAAGCGCAAGCCCUCACGGUCGCCAUCUCCAAAUUAUCCUCCCGAAUCUGCAUAUACGCCGGAGGACCUGGCCAAGCCACCUUACAACUACGCCGUUCUCAUCUUCGAUGCUCUCACCGAGGCUGGUACUCCAAUGACACUCAAGCAGAUAUAUCGAGCGUUGAAGUUGAAAUAUCCAUAUUUCCGGUUCAAGUGCGAAACCGAAGGCUGGACGUCCAGUGUACGGCAUAACCUCAACGGGAAUAGCCACCUUUUCAUGCAUGCUGAGCGAGAUGGAAAGGGAUGGUCAUGGCAGCUCCGUCCUGGAGCUUCUGUCGAGAAAGAGAAGAAGAGACGCCCAUCACCUCCUCCGCCAGCGGCUCCUCCUCCGCCUACCGCCCCUCCCUCGUACAUGCCUGCCUUGAACCCGACGUAUGGCACUCAGCCCAAUGGACAGCCCAGCAUGGCGAACCCGCACUUCCAAUUCCCUGCUAUGCCAUCCAAUCCUUACGCAACUCACACCCACCCUCACACUCACGCUCCUGCUCCCGUUCCAUCUCCUGCUCCUCCGGCACCUCAUCAUGCAAGUCCCUAUCCUCCGCCUUCUCAGCCCGCCGCCUCAACCCCAUUUCCGAUACCCAGUCCGCUCCGCAACAACCUUCCGCCCGCCUUCGCCCAGACCGUCCCUUCCACCUACACCUCACCCUAUGCAUCCGACCCGCCCCCGCAGCUGGUCCAACUGCAGCAGGCGCAGCAAUCGCAAUCGAUGCCUCCACCGCCUCAACAUCAGUCACCUUAUCCACCGCCAAACCCUUCACCAAUGCCUCCGUCCAAUGCACCCCAUCCGACGCAUCCUCCGCAUCCUCCGCCGCCACCCCCGGGGCCCUCACCAGGGCCUCCCAUGCAGCAUCAGCCAAACAUGGGCGUCGGCCCCGGUCCUGGUCUCGGUCCUGGACCUGGCCACGGCCAUAUGGACAACUCAGAUGCAUCUUCGUUCAAUGACCGUGCGAAUAAAGCCAUUGACGAUUUUGAGGCUGUUCUUAUGGAAGAUUACGAAGACAAGAAUUACAUCCGAGAGGUGCUCAAGAGUGCACGAGCCCGUGUACUCGGCAAUGCCACGGACAGCUCGUUCCCUGGUGGUGAACCGAAAGACGAGGAGGUCAUUGUGGAUGCUCUCCGUAAUCUGAUUGGAAGCUUGAAGGGAGAAUAGCGAGCAGCGCUUGGGGAUCGAUCAGUGGCAGACAAAGGAAGGGAAAACUUGAAGGCCUUGGCUUGACGACUUAACGACUUGGGAUUCUGCAUUUACUACAUUUAUUAUGUCUUGUCUAAUCUGCAUGCAGUUGGCACAUGGCAAAUCGAUUCUGGUGUUUGAGGGUAAAGGGAGUCUUGAUUAUGGUCAGCAAGCGCUAGCGCAAAAAGAAGCCGGUCUUGAUCCUCCCUUGUCGCGUUGGUACUAAUGAGUAUGAAAGACUCACAG